AUGAACAACAGCAGCAGCAGCAACAGCAACAGCAGCAACACAGCCAACAGAAUCAGCGGCAGCACUGCCACCGUGAGCAUAGACAACAGCAACAACAGCAGCAUGAGCCGCAGGCGCAGCAGCAGCAGCAGCAGCAGCAGCAGCGGAUUGCUGCAGCAGACAAAGCAGUUUCUACGAAUAAGAAAAUAUAUCGGCCCCGAAGGAUCAGACGAAGUGUGGCUUGCGCUGUCUCUUGAUGAGGAGACAACUUUGCCGGCAGCAGCAGCAGCAGCAGCACCUGCUGCUGCUGCUGCUGCUCAGCCUUCUGCUGCUGCUGAUGCUGAUGAUGCUGCUGCUGCCGCAGCAAGAAGAAGAGGUUCUGAUGCAGCAGCAACGUCAAAAGGCAGCGCAGCUGCAACAGCAGAUGAAGCAACAGCAGCAACUGCUGCUGGUGCUACAGGCAGCAGCAGCAGCAGCAGCAGCAGCAGCAGCAGCAGCAGCAGAAUGUGGGUAGAGACUAAGGGAAGUCUUUUUGGAGUAAUAUCCAAAGACGUAGCAGAGAUAAGGGGUCUGUAUACAGACGGAAACCCUCAAACAGGGACGGCGUUGCUGGUGGAGUUUCUGGGGGAGGCUCGAGCAGCAAGGGCUGCAGAAGUCGUUGGUGCAUGCGAUAGUAAAGAAGCAGCAGCAGCAGCAGCAUUUGCUGCUGCUGCAUUCAUCCCCUCAGGCUACAGUCUAACCCUUCCGAUGACACCGCUGGGAGCAGCAGGAAAGAUACACUGGAGAGCCGAUCCUCAAAAACCCCCCAACAACCGCGAGCCUUUGGCGAAGACGGUAGCGUUGAGUGCAGCAACUGAAGAGCAGCACUCGGCGCUGCUGCUGCUGCUGGAGCAGCAGCAGCCAGAGUUGCUGCAGCAGCAGGAGAAUUACUUCAAUGAGCCUCUCUCCUUCCUUGCGAUAAGGGAGGGAGAAGUUGUGGGGUAUCUGCUUACGAAGGAGUGA